UAUAUUAUCCCACCUCUCUCACUCAGCCUCCCACUAUCCUCACUCUCACUCCCCUCUCUCUCUCUCACUACAGAACCAGAACCCCCCACUCCUCUCUCUCAUGGGGUUUCUCCACCCCCUCUCUCUCCUCCUCUCUCUCUACUCCUCCUUCCUCCUCCUCGCCACCCUCUCCGUCUUCUCCGAUCAGAGCCCCAAGAAAACAUACAUAUUCCGCGUGGACAGGUUCGCCAAGCCCUCGAUCUUCCCAACCCACUACCACUGGUACACCACCGAGUUCCUCGCCGACCCCUCAGCCCUCCUCCACCAGUACGACACCGUCUUCCACGGCUUCUCCGCCUCCCUGACCCCCUCCCAAGCCUCCGCCGCCCUCCGCCACCCCGCCCUCCUCGUCGCCUUCGACGACCGCCGCCGAACCCUCCACACCACCCGCUCCCCCCAGUUCCUCGGCCUCCGAAACCAGCGCGGCCUCUGGUCGGAAUCCGACUACGGCUCCGAUGUCAUCGUCGGGGUCUUUGACACCGGUAUCUGGCCCGAGCGGAGGAGCUUUUCGGAUUUGAACCUCGGACCGGUGCCGGCCCGGUGGAAGGGGGUUUGCCAGACCGGAGUUAAAUUCACGGCGAGGAAUUGUAACAAGAAGAUCGUCGGGGCGAGGUUCUUCUCCAAAGGGCAUGAGGCGGCGGGGGGGUUCGGCGCCGGUGGAGGGAUUAAUGAAACCGUGGAGUUUUUGUCGCCGAGGGACGCUGAUGGGCACGGGACCCACACGGCCUCGACGGCGGCGGGGCGGUACUCGUUUCAGGCGAGUAUGUCUGGUUACGCUCCUGGUAUAGCGAAAGGCGUUGCGCCGAAAGCUCGAUUGGCGGUGUACAAAGUCUGCUGGAAGAACUCGGGAUGUUUCGAUUCGGAUAUUUUAGAGGCAUUCGACACCGCCGUGAAAGACGGUGUCAACGUCAUUUCGAUAUCGAUUGGGGGCGGGGACGGGAUUUCUUCCCCUUACUAUCUCGACCCGAUUGCGAUCGGAUCUUACGGCGCCGUUUCGAGAGGUGUUUUCGUUUCCUCGUCUGCUGGGAACGACGGGCCCAAUGCUAUGUCGGUGACGAAUUUGGCGCCGUGGCUCACGACGGUGGGGGCGGGGACGAUAGACAGGAAUUUCCCCGCCGAUGUGGUUCUCGGCAACGGACGGAAGCUCUCCGGCGUAUCGUUAUAUGCCGGAGAGCCCUUGAAAGGGAAAAUGUACCCGAUUGUGUACCCCGGGAAAACAGGGAUACUCUCUGCUUCGUUAUGUAUGGAGAAUUCGUUAGACCCGAAUAUGGUGAAGGGUAAAAUAGUCAUUUGCGAUCGCGGAAGCAAUCCGCGCGUCGCAAAAGGAAUGGUGGUGAAGAAAGCCGGUGGGGUCGGGAUGAUUCUGGCCAACGGCGAAUCUAACGGCGAAGGACUAGUCGGCGAUGCUCAUCUUAUCCCCACUUGCGCCGUUGGGUCCGACGAAGGUGACCUAAUAAAAUCAUACGUGUCAUCAUCUGCCAUCGCCACGGCGACUAUCAAUUUCAAAGGCACUGUAAUCGGUAUCAAACCGGCUCCGGUGGUGGCUUCGUUUUCUGGAAGAGGGCCAAACGGGUUAAACCCGGAGAUUUUAAAACCCGACUUGAUUGCUCCGGGUGUGAACAUUCUAGCUGCGUGGACCGACGCGGUGGGUCCAACCGGGUUGGAUUCGGAUACCCGGAAAACAGAAUUCAACAUCCUUUCGGGCACGUCGAUGUCGGCCCCCCACGUGAGUGGGGCCGCCGCGUUGCUUAAAUCCUUGCACCCGGAUUGGACGCCGGCCGCGAUUAAGUCGGCGAUGAUGACGACAGCAAGUGUUACUGAUAAUCGGUUUAGUUUGAUGAGCGAUGAGGCAACGGGGAAAGCAUCGACUCCGUAUGAUUACGGGUCUGGGCAUUUGAAUCUGGGUCUAGCUAUGGAUCCGGGUCUUGUUUAUGAUAUCACGAAUGAUGAUUACGUGAGCUUUUUGUGCUCAAUUGGGUAUGGUCCGAAGACAAUUCAGGUGAUCACGAGAACUCCGGUGAAUUGCGCGAUGAAAAGGCCGGUGCCGGAGAAUCUGAAUUAUCCUUCCAUUGCUGCCUUAUUUUCGACCUCAACAUCAGAUAAACCCAGCAGCAAGACAUUUAUCCGGACAGCAACGAACGUGGGUCCAUUAAACUCAGUAUACACAGCGCGGGUUGAGUCCCCCAAGGGGGUGACCGUGACGGUGAAACCACCGAAGCUCGUGUUCUCGGAGAAGGUGAGGAAACUGAUGUACGCGGUGACGGUAACCGUCGAUAGCAAGAAUCUGGUGCUGGACGACUCAGGUGCCGUGUAUGGGUCGCUCGCAUGGUUGGAUGGAAAGCAUGUGGUUCGGAGCCCCAUUGUGGUUACCCAAAUAAACCCCUUGUGAUCUCUCUCUCUCGAUCGAGGAUCCGGUAGAUGGGUAGUUGUUUGAUGAGACUGCAGUGUGCUGGUCCGCAGCACCUUGCAUAAUAAAAAAAAGAAAAAAAAGAAAACUUUGGUGCAUGGAGGGUGUCUGUUUGAUCUUGAAUUACUUUAUGUUUUUUGUUUUUGUUUUGUUUUGUUUUUUUGUUUUUUUAAGGUUAUAAGAUGUAUAAAGCAUAUAGGCUGACUUUAAUUAGUGGCUGUAUGUGAUUAGUGGUUUGAAAAAUAUAUUAGUCAUGGUUGAAUGGAAGAUGGAAAAGUUACCCAUAA